GAGAGAGAGAAAGAGAAAGCAGGAAACGUCCAGGAAUCCGUUUUACUGCUUUGGAAUGACGACCUUCUCGUCAUCUAUUCGCUUCCGUUCUUCGCGAGACCAAGAGGGAGAAGGAGAGAGAGCCAAGCUUUUUUGGCAUCAGAAAAGAGAGAGGAAAACAAAGAAGUUGGGAGCAAAUGAUGAAAGAAGAGGGAACGCAGGGGGAAGGGAGGCGAUUCAAGGUCAGGCAGAAACUUGUGGCUCACAGACUCAAGACGAAAGAAAUAUUGUCGAAGCAGGCGAAAAGAAUAGCGGAGCAAGCCGAAGAACAUGAGCGCCUCAUCAAUAAGGUUACUCAUCUUCUUGGGGUGCUAGGAUUUGGUGCCUUUUGCUUCCUGUUGGGAUCCAGGCCGCAGGAUUCUCCUUAUGUGUAUUGUGUCUUCUACGUCACGUUUGUCCCGCUAAGGUGGAUAUACUAUCGGUUCAAGAAGUGGCAUUACUACCUUUUGGAUUUUUGCUACUAUGCAAAUACGAUCUUCCUAUUUAUGCUGCUUAUGUGUCCAAGAAGUGAAAAGUUUUUCAUGGUUUGCUUUUCUUUUGCAGAGGGACCACUAGCCUGGGCUUUGAUUGUUUGGCGUUGUAGCCUUGUUUUCAGUUCGCUGGACAAGCUUGUCAGUGUCUUGAUCCAUCUUUUACCUGGGCUUGUGUUUUUCACAAUACGCUGGUGGGAUCCAAAUAUGAUUGCAGGUAUUCACCGUGAUCAACAGGCUGGAUAUAGAACCGUGUGGCCUCAUGUGGAGGAUAAAAAGACCUUGUGGACAUGGCUCUUUUUAGUCCCCCUGGUUGCUUACACUUUGUGGCAGGUUCUUUAUUUUCUUAUUGUUAAUGUACUGAGACGGCAGCGAUUAUUAAGAGAUCCAGAAGUCAUGACAUCUUACAGAGAACUGUCAAAGAAGGCUAAAAAGGCCAAUAAUGUGUGGUGGAGACUCAGUGGAUUGCUGGGGGAUCAGAACCGUCUCCUCAUGUAUAUUGUGCUGCAAGCUGCAUUCACAGUGGCUACAACGGCUCUCACCGUUCCCAUCUUCAUGGUGUAUGAGCUGCAUGCGACCUUCCAAAUUCUCAAGGUUUCUGCUGCCGUAUGGAAUGGUGGAAGCUUCCUUCUGGAGGUAAUGCCUAGGCAGGUUGUUAUGAAGGAGAAGAAGAAAUUGGAGAUGCAGCCCAUCAUGUGCUGUGAAACGAAAGAUGCACAAAAGCAAGAUGCUACCCAGAAUGGUCCGCAAACAACCGAAGGCGCUGGUAAUGCACAGAAUGCUUUGGUGGACAGUUCCUAACCUUUUUGUACAAAUACUUGCAUAGAAUUUUCUUUCUGUGGAAGAGUUUGUUGUACUUUGUUGUCUAUCAAUAGGUAAUAGUUGAUACAAAGCGUGCUUAUUGUACAAGGCGUGCAUGUGUCCUCCCUUUGGUUCCUUUAUGUUGAAAUUUGAUAGGGAAGAAAAGUUGCUGAAGCGUUGGAAGACACAAUAAAAUAUAUACCUUGUGAUUUUGUA